AAACGACUAAAGAGACAAAAGGCACUUCUACAAUCUAUAUCCAUUCCAACCGAGGAGAAGAGCAGGUUUAAAGAUUGUUUAAGUGUAGAGUAUAUGUCUUCAGAACAUUCUGUCUCUGAAGACAAUUUAGAUCAAGAAAACAGUUCUGAGGAUGAGAAUUUCCCCAGGAAAAGGGUGCUAUGUAGGAAGCCUCUACCUUGGAGAAGCCAAGAACUUAACAACUUAUUUCUAAAGCUGGACCGGAAAGCAAACCGGAAACAGUCUCAAAGAAGUUCCUCAAUGACCAUAGACAGGAGGGAUGGCUCCCCCUCAGAGAGAAAGGCACCAGAUGAUGCCCCUGAAUUUGCUCUUUCGUAAGGAAAUGAAAGUUAUUCUAAAGCUCUUGAAAAACUCCCUUGUUAUUCAUGACAGUGAUACUUACAGAUACGCGUAACUCUGCAAAUAUAACUGCCCUUUAUCCAUCUCAGCCUAUGGUGCUUUUUUGACCAAAUGUCAGCCUGAGUGUUCUUAAUCCACUUGUUCUUUUAUGCAGGUUUUUACUGUACCUCUAACACAAUAUUGAUUACAUACUUAUUUUGGGGCCAACAACAGUGACGACGGUUAUGUUGAGAUGCUUUGAAACACUUACAGCCAGUCAUAUCUCUUAAUGAUCCUCAAUUUCCUUACAACAGGGCCAGUACAGACUGUUCCCUACACAUACACAAAAAAUGAAAUGAAAUGAUUUCAUUAACUGAUUUGCUUUGACUGUAAUUUCCCUUUCUUUAAAAAUGACGAAAAAAAAAACUUUUUAAUAUGCCAGAGUUACAGUGGCAGAUCCAGGGAAGGGGCCUGGGGGGUCCACCGCCCUUAUUUUUGGACCAAACUGUGGCCCGAUGGGAAAAAAUUUUUUUUUUGAAGACGGGCCCUCCUCCCUUAUCUCAGGGUCUGGAUGACUGCCCCCCCUUCCCUUAUCUGACGGUCUGGAUCCGCCACUGUGUUAUACCAUUACAAAUCAUAAAUUGGUGGUAAUCAUAAGCCCCUUUACAGAGGCCAACGUUAAAACGUUACCGGAAUUAUAAAUUUUGUUUCUUAAAAAAGUGAUAAUUAUAUUAUUUUGUACUACGUAAAACGUCUUUUUUAGGGUUCCAAGUAGAUUGAAGGGGAUUUUGUCAUGGGAUAUAACAGUUUUAGUGAAUACAAGUCUCGUCCAUAAAUAACUAUUGUUUGGAAGAACGAAAUGAUGGCACAACACUCUGAAACGAGUCUUUAGAAUAUCUUAGAUACGGAACACUUUUCUUGAUAUCUAAUAUUAGUUAGUAUUGAUCUGAUACGUACUUAUAUAAAUAUAUAUAUAUUAACAUAAUAAGGUUGUAAUUUGUUCUGGUUUCAGAAAAUGAAAAGAUGUCCGAGCUAACUUUGGUUUAUGGAAUAAAUCACUUGAACAGAAUUUAAUGUUUGGUCACUACUAGUGGUAUUCUCCUCAAUAAUGUUAAAGUUUGAAGGCAUAUACUUGUUAAGAACUCAGACAAUAUAAUGACAUUAUUUGUUGUCCAUUUACUAGGACCCAAUGAAACGUAUUCAAACAAGGGACGUUAAAUAUUAUUUGCUACCUGAGCAAACCAUGCUCUAAUUUAAGAGUUUAAAGACAUUUGCUAACCCAAGCAAAGUUCCAACUUUGACUAUAUUUGCUCCCUGAGCAAAAAACUGUACAAAAAUAAGAGUUUGAUCAGAUGCACUGCCCGAGCAAACUUGUUUAAAACUUGUAUUUUGACCACAUUUGCCGCUCCAAGCAAACUUUCUCGAAUUUAGAGUUUGAUCAAAUUUGCAACCCCUAGAAAAGUUGGUCAAAGUUGUGGUUUUUCUAGCAUUGGCUCCAUGAGCAAACAUGUUUAAUGCUAAAAGUUUGGUAACAGUUUCUAUAGAAACAAUCCAAUUCGAUGAUAACCAUUUGAUCAUCCUUACCACCCCAAACAAACAUUAUUCAGAUGUAAUACUUUGCUCACAUUUGCAACGUUGUGUAAAAUUCCUAAAAAAAUAACAGGUUUACAUGCUUUUACAACCGGGGCAAAGCUGCACAAAACAGGAGAUUUGCCCACAUAUUUGCAUAGUAUGCAAAGACAGUUCGAAGGAAAAAAUUUGCGUACACAUUUGAACCUUCUGUAAAAGAUCCUUAAAUUCAUGACCACACAUUAUCUUGGCACAAAGAUGUAAAUCUUUCGCAAAUGUAACAUUUACCGUCAUUGCUACGGAUAGCAAAUCUAGUGCAAUAUCAGUCUUUGCUCUUGAGCAAAAUUGGGCAAAACUGUGCAAGUCUGGUAUUUGCUACACCUUUGCUGUAGUUUGGUUACCCGUGCAAAUCCAUUUUUUCCUCCAGUGCAUGAUAGCAUUUGAAAAGCAACUAUAUCUGACGUAAAGAGCAGAACAUUAGGACAUGCUCAUAACAGCCUCCUUGAAGCCAAUUAUAAUGACAAUACUAUAGACUAGUCUCAUACAUAAAUUACAUCAUGCAGUGCAAAAAAAAGCCUGUGCUAGCCUGUGUACAGUCAGUACACAGUUGCAGUAUGCUUUGUUUCCGAGUAAGUAAAGGCAGUGGAGCAGCACAUCAGCUACCCAUUUGAUUCCAUACUUAACCUGAUAAAAUAGAAUUUCGUAUUACUGAAAAUGACACAAAUAGAAAUAUUCAUUUCUUUGCUUGUAUUCCAGGACGUCUCUCCACCAUCGGGUGAAAGAUCUCCAAAGGGGCAUAACCCAUGGCUGGAGAAAUUUACUAUACCAAACCAGGUACGGUGGUUUUGCAACUCAGAAAACUGCAAACACCUCUAGCUGAAAUAUCUCAGAAAUGUUGAAUAAGGAUUGACCAAACAGCACCUGCAAACCGCAAACCCUAAACCUAACUCUCGUGUAUUUAAUGAUUUAGCUUAGUGAGCUUGCGGCUGAGUAUAGUGUGAUUUUAAUUCGCAUUUGAUGUCACUGCCUCAAAAGACUGUUAAAAGAAAUAAAUUGGUCCAUUCCAAUUGUUAAAAGUUGAAAACCUUUACAAAAUGGCUGCACUACCAUAUUUGUUGGCUGAUAAACGAAGAGGGACACAGAUUACUGCCAGUUUCUUUUGGAAGAGAGCAAAGGUGAGUUAACAGCAAAGUCACAGUGAGGAUCCUUCACGUAAACAGACUUAAAGAACGUCUACGUUUACCCCUUAAAGACAUAAUUUAUGACCGAGUGUACCUGUUAUUUGAUAAUAGCACUUAUUUUUUCUUGUUCCCUACAUUCACAUGUUGGAAAUGAAGAUGAAAGAGUGGCAGAGCUGACUAAGAAAUCAACAUCCCCCACGCCCAUUACCACUGGGGAGUAAAAGAAUAUAGAUGAACUUUACUUGGUCUCUGAAGCCAUGGUAGCGUGCCGGUUUAAUCCACCAAAACAUCCUAAAUGCAGUAGCUACCCUACUGGGUAGUUUUGACUGCCAUAAUAUGGUAUUUCUUAAAGGUUCUGGUGGGGCUAGAGAAAAAAUUGUUGCUGGUUUUAGAGCACACACUCUUAGGUUAUACAAGUGCAAGUCUGCCAUUGUCUGUGGAAAAUGUUUUGUCUGACUUGCAGAUGGUGAAGACUUAACUCUUCCUAGAUAUUACUUAUAUGUUGCACUGAAUAUCCACGUUAAUUCUAAAUCUUCUAAUCUGUAUGUAUUCAACAAAGCAUUUUCUGUGACAAUGCAUUUUUCUUAAGUGUUCAUCUGAUUGCAUUAAAUCAGAUUUCCCAACUGAUUCUAGACUUUCUUGAUUUACUUCUACUUAAGGGGGUUCUGCCUAAAAAAAACCUUUUGUACAAUUUACCCAUGUUUCAGUCUUUUGACAGAGAUGCAGAAUUUCAAUUCAAAUUUGCUACAGUUUAAGGAAGCAGGGCUGAGUGUUCAGUCAUAUUUCUUGUCCUGCUUUAAAUUCUUGUAUAAGAAACCCAAGCAUUUUGUACUUGCACUGUUGUAUUAUAACCCUUUCUAUGAAGUUGUCAACUAUGUUGUUGUUAUUUGGAGAGGACGGUUAACAUAACCAUUAAAAAUAUUGCUGAAGACUACUAUUGUGAGGUUACUGUCAUUCAUUACUAUCGGUUAAAACAAUCUCAAGUGAAAUGGUUUAAGCCACCACCUCUUGACUACUAAAUGGGUUACCACAGAUUCAUCGCCAGUACCCAAAAAACUGGUUUACCAUAACCACAAAAAAUGGUUAUUGUAACCAAUCAGUAUGGCUUGAAAAUUAUUUAACCUUUUAUUUCAGUUACAAUAACUAAGAAUUUUAAGUUAGUUUAACAAAAAAGUGGAGGUUAUAAUAAACAAUUAUUAAAUGUUAGCAGAAGCAGUGUUAGCUGUGGUAGAAACAAUCAAUUUUUAGUGUUAAUGCCAGAAAGAAAAGCUCGUUCAACGGAAAUAAAAAUGGUUAACUGGACCUGAAUGUUUGGGUUAGUGUAACCUAAAAAAUACACUUUCCUGGGAUUCAAGUAGUAACCGUUUUCCAGGAGUCACUAUAACAGGACAGUUUUACAGUGUGACGUCAAAAUAUGUAAUUUUACCAUGGAAAAGAAUAACCUUGAAGUACUUUUUAGUAUUUACGACUCUAAGAUUUUCCCGCCAAAAAUUAACUUCCUCAAGACAAGUCUGGGUCAAAUUCCGUAUCCCAAUCAGGUGAGGCCGCAACGGAUAAUGUCUCAUGAGUUCAGCACAACUAUACAUAAUUGAAGAUCUAGAUGGUUACCAUUUGGCUAAAUCAGGUGCUGGCGACAAAGAAUGCGGGAGAGUUUGCAAAGGAGAAGACACAGAGUCCUUCAGACGAUGAAGCUCUGGCUAUGUGGGUCUACUACCACAAAAGAUUUAAGGUGUUAGGAACGGUGAGUUUACAAUGUGAUGCUAUAGAAGGGUGGUUAAUAAUUCGAUAGAUAAGUUUUCUUUCAUCUAUUGAUGAAUUAACUUACUAAUAAUCUUAAAAGGAAGGAAAGAAAGUGAAGAAUGAUCAUCGCAGUAAAUUUUCCAAUUUAAGCAAUUGGAAAGAAGAAGCCUGAAAAUCAGGGCUUCAAUGGGAUUCGAACCCAUGACCUCCGCGUUACCGGUGCGUUGCUCUACCAACUGAGCUAUGAAGCCACACACUGGGAGCGAGCUCAAUUUAUUGAGUUCAUAUCUCUAGUGAGGACUGAAAUGAUGUAAAGUAUAAUGAAAUAUUUCAUUUUUUUUUUUGAAUAAUCUUAAAGUUAACUUGAAGUCUGGGUAAGAUGAAGACAGAGAGAGAGAGAGAGAGAGAGAGAGAGAGGAGAGGGAGAGAAAGUGAGUGAUUCAGUUGUUUAUCCGGGAUACUUACUGUAAAAAUGACGAUUCAUUUUCCCAUUUAAACAGAGACCCUUUGUUUUAAAACAUCUACUUUUGAAAUAAAUUUUGGUUGCCCUUUUAAUAGCUCUUGUUUUUAUUUUAAUUACUAAAAAGGCAGUUAUGAUACCUGGACCUAAUCUAACGGAAUUUUAGCCAGAAAACAGCCAUCAGGCAAUUACUUAUUAGAAAAGGGACAAACGCAUUUAUUCAAUAACGCCUAAAAUGGCUUGAUCUGCGACAAUGGACAGGUUUUCUUCUUCACUUUGAUUUCUUACUUUUCGACUUAGUCAUCAAAACAAAAUUCACAGGCUUAUUUUAUCUCACAGCAACAGACUUACAAGCGCCCUCAGGAAAAACCAGCGAAAUUUUCUUCCGUUGAUAUUAAAUCACAAUAUGUCUUAGGAAACAUGUCACUUUUUUUACUAUAAUUUUAUCACCUGUCUGUACUUUCACUCGGUCGCAUUGGCAUUACUACGCACGCUUUUACCAAGUCACUUCCUUUGGCCAGUUUUGGUUAAAUUAAGAUGUUUGCCAUUUUCCGGAGUGACCUUCAGUCAAAAAUGUCAAGGUCGCCUCUCCCGUUUCUUUCUCUUCGAGAAUUCCCGAAUGAAAUGAAGGCAAGAAUCAACAUGGCUUCCCCGUGCACGCAGAAAAGUGAAAUUGAACUGCUAAGAUACAAUUAGAGAUUAUACUCGUUUUAAGCUAAUUUUAACUGUGCUUUAGUUUGACGUCUUGCAAUCUCGGGCUGAAUACCGCACCAGGUGUCUUUUUUGGCUCAAAUGUUUAGCUUAAUUUAGCUUAUGUACACAUUAGACAUACUUGAUCCUAAACAUUAACAACUGCAGUUGAUUCACUCAGGUUCAUUUGAUUUCCUUUUCACAGGAUAGCAGCAACGCAAUACUUACAAAUUAUUUCAAAGUGGUGGUUGGUUUUUGCCAUGCCUUAGCCUCCCCUGCAGACAUUCUUAGGCGUGUGUCCUGUGUUCCUUCCCCACGAACGUCUGCUGAUCUGAGCAGGAAAUUCCUUUCCCACUGUUCGCAAAUAUCAGUUGGAGAGCACAAGCAAAUUAUUGCAGAACCAAUUGACGCUAAGUUAUUGUUUUGUGAAAAGCCAAUCAUAAGGUGUUUUAAAACAGGCCAUCCGGUGGGGAUCAAAUUUCUGGCGAAUUUAUUCUGCCGCUAAAUAUUUUCAUGUAUGCAAAGUUAUUCCAGAUCCUUGCUUCAUGUAUAGCCGAAACACCGAAAAAAGUUGUGGGAAAUAACUGUUUUCUCUGUAGUAGUCCUUUGAUUCCUUCUGGCAGAGUACGUGUUGUUGGAAAGAGUUCUGUCUGCAUCUCACGCCUCAUUGAAGAAACAGUGGAAAUUGAUGUAAGUUUGUUUUCGUUGAGCGACCCUUUUGUUUGCAGUAACUGUUAUAAAUGCUUAAUUCGAUUUCAAAAAUUAAGAAAAACCUGCAAUCAGUUCAGGAAGAGAUAAAAGAAGAUUACAAGAAAGGGGUAUUAAGAACUAAACAUCUCCGCUGAGAUUCUGCUGAAUCGGACAUUUCGAUUGCAGCGUCAAUCAAAAAUACAAUUGUGCAAUGGAGUGCUGCAAAAUCACUGAAAUUUCAAAAUUUUUCCACCACUUCUACUUCUUCUUUUGAUCUCCUGGAAAAACAUGGUGAAAUGUCAUCCGAAGGAGGUGCAGGUCAUUCAGGUCAAGGGGAAAGUAUCUCUUCAGUCACACAGGAAAUUCCUGAAACUCCGUCAAAUGGUUCGUUUACCUCACCUCCGCCUCCUUCACUUCAUUUGACGUCCACACCAGUGACAGCCAACUUGAGCUUACAUUCAUCUCUACAAGCGCAGCCAUACAGAAGUUCAGCAGUAAAACUGUCGAUCUUUUAUCUAAGUAAAAUGGUCAACAAAUGUUUAGCGUUAGAAUAUGAAGCGAUUGAAAAACCCUCAUUUACCGCCCACCGAACAGAAUCGCCAAUGCUGCUGUAAAAUCCAAAUCGCUAACUAAGUACGUGGUUCAGAGUGUCCUUCCACUUUUGUCUAAUGAAGUUUGUGCUUUAUGCUCCAGAUCAAACCCGUCAAUUUUAUGAUAAUGCGACAGGGAAAGCCUUGUAAAUUUUAGCUUUCAAUCGGUUUGCCAAGAGUGGAAAAACAGAGCGUUGAUCUUUUAUUCUUUCUUGAUGACCUGCAGCAGUGUUCAACUUACAACAGAAGAAUUGUGGCUGCCAUGCGUGGCAAUAGCAGGAUCUGUACUGCUUAGGCAGCAAAAUCCUCAGAUGAAUGCCACCUGCCAGUGUACUUGGAGUCCUCCUUAAAACAUGAUCAAUGGAGGUAUGAAUGACUAUCUUAAUUUGAACAGUGCACUUAGGUCAGUUUUUCUGAUUUCUGGUUCUAAAAAAAAGGAAGACGAGUUCUAGGCUUAAAUAAGAGUAAUUAAAUUGUAACGUAACCAGGAAUAGCUUUAUUGUGCAACCUAGUUUUUCCAAAUAUUUUUCUAGAAAAGUAACUUUUUACAUGAAGCUUUUCACAAUAACAUACAAACCGACCAUUUACAUGUUCUUGUUUGACAUAACAAAGGAUAAAAGAGCUUGAAUUAGAAAAGAAAGAAAUACACAACAUAAUUAUCAGCUGCGUGAUUAAGCUCUUUGCUAUGUAUGACCUUACCUUGAAUAAUUAAAGUAACUUAAUUAAAGGAUAUUUGAGAAGAGGAUGACAUGCUGACCCCACUGUAUACAAACUAGGGUGAUCUGGGAGUUAAAAAAGUGGUCUCUUUGUUUAUAUCCCAAGCGGAAUCCUCCUCCCCCUCAUACAGCUUAGCAGCAAGUUGCCCUUAAAGACCACAUCUUGUCACAUGUUUGUUGUUACUUGUUCAUUAUUAAACCACUGUUACAUUUACAAAGUGUGCCAGGGGCCUUGCCGUUAAUGUAGCAAGGUUCAUGCCAGUUUAGAAACAUUUUUUUGUCAUUAUUAUUCUAGGGAAGUCUUGACCGCUAGGCAAAGCUUAAGAUCACCUGCUCAAACAGAUGUGUCUUGGCUAAACUUGAUGCUCUAGGUGAGGGCUUUGAUCAGCCACUUCAGAAUGCCAAGGAGAAGAUUACAAGUGAAAACCUGAAGACAAGAGAACUUCAAAACCAAGGUACUGCACAAGAGAUGAAUGAAAGGAUGAAAGACCAUCUUAGAAAUUGCCAACCAGGGUUCACCAUUGGAUUUGACAACAUUGACUUUGAAAUCCCACGAAAAAACAUCACGCUGGGAAAAGAGAACCAGGAUUUACACUGGGUCAAUCACCUGAUGUUUGGGAACAGGGUUUUGGGAAUUUGCUGUCCAAUGAUGCCCCAAGACAGAACUGCAAACAGUGUCAAAUAUGACAUUCUUACCGAGCGCCAGUGACCAGCCAAGGCAGCGUUACAAUUACAUUGUACUUAUUUCUAGAAUCUUGGUGGAGUAUUUUGAUUCCCUCCAACCACUGAACAAUGCAUGCAUACAGCAUAUGCCCCAUAAGUACACCGAAGAAAUGUCUAAGAAGUCUCUAAAGGUAAUCAAUAAGCAAAUUGCAUGUAUCAAUGAAAAUGCUUGUCUUUUUUUGUUUGUUUGUUCAAUUAUAUUUUUGAAGCAGUAUAUAUAUUAUUGUACCGAUUUACAUUUUUUUUUUUUAAUUUUUCUAUUUGGUCUUUCAAACAUAAAAUUGUCAAUUGAUUGACCUGUAAAUUGAAAGAAUAAUUUCACCAUCAACUCCUGAUUCUUUUAGUUUUGUAUGUUAUUGGGAGAAGUUUUAAAAAAAAUUAAUGAGAUUCUUGUUCAGCCUGUGCAAAUAAAUAAAACUUAGUAAAGAGAAAGACCCACUCUCCUUUACAGUUUAUGAUUACCGGAUGUGUUGAGAUUUUGUGGAAUAGGAUAUUUACUCUAAACAAAUACUUUCUGUUAGGUCCAUCUAGGUGUUAUUUUCAAGAAUGAAAACAAGAAUGAAGACAUGCUCUCUAUCAUACAACAGGUUCAUACGUAUCUUCCUCAUUCACCUGAUAAUGGAUGCGACUCACGACUAUUCUCUGGAGAUCAACUCACUGUUGAGAGGGCAGUCAACAUUAUCUCCUCAGUUCCUGAUGGUUACACACCGAAAGAUCGUUUAGACAGAAUUACCUUACAACUGGGAGAUUGGCACGCUGGAGUGAAGAUUCUAUCAGUAAGUAGAGUGCAGAGUAUAGAGAUAAAAUAUUGCCUGCACUUGUACAUGGAAGCGAAACCACAGUGAUUUUAAAAGGUAUUGCUGCGCGGACAGCCCAGGGUGGGAGGGCAGGGCAUGUACAACCCAUUACAUUAAAUGGGUGUGUGCUGCUGAACAGAGUAUGGGUUUUAGGACAAGGGUAUUACACUUUCACUAUUUAGCGUGUUGAAUAGGAAGUGACCGUCUUGGACCAGGCGUUUUUUAUGCGUGAAUGUUGCCAAUGAGCAGUAAAUAUUUGUUAUCAACACAAUUUUUUUCCAAACAAAAUUUAAUUCCAUGAUGUAAUAAUUAUGUAAUUAUGUACUCAAAUGAUAUUCAAUGUUGCCUACAAAAAUUCCUCGUUCCUCCUCUAAACGUACCUUAACACACUUAUUGGGGCAUGCGAAUAUUUUUUGCGGAACUCCACAUUUAUAAUGUAUGUAUUUAAAUUACAAAAAGUUGCAUUUUUCCGAUUAGGAAAAUACUAACACAACCAAGAUCCCCCUCAGAGUCGGUGAUCAGUGUUAGAUAUAUACCCAAGGCUUCGCGUCUCAGUGUAUUUCCACCACUAUUCACUUCCCCUUUGGAUAGUUGUGUACUAUUUUAGCUAUUUGAAGAGUUAUUGUUCAGUGAAAUGCUUGAGUAGGAUCGAGGUAACAUGGUUGCAUGCCUCAUGUUAAAAAACAUCAAUUUUCUUUUCCACUCUACAGCUCAUCGUCAAGAAGUUUUUUUCUGGCAAAUCAGAGAGUGAUAGCUGUACGCUGUUCUCUGACCGCACCCUGAUAAAUCGGAGAAAUGUGAAGUCUGAUCCACACACAGCAUACCGUGCUGACUGGGACUUCCUGCUUAUCAUCGUCAAAUCAAGAGUAACUGCUGCUGCAAUGUCAGUACUGGGGUUUUCUGACAAAGGGAGCCAACCAACAAAGUUUCCACUUCCAGUAGACAUUGCUAAGCAAUCCAGAGUGUAAUGAUUAGAAUAUUUAAACAAAGCUGCCGCUUUAAUUGUGGACAAAUUUGUAUUUAAUGAUGAUUCUGUCAGCAGGCUUCUUGAUGAUAUCUUGACUAAUCAAGAAAGUCAAGAUCAAAGAGAUCAGCAGGAACGAACUGUAGAUGGCAGAUUCCUGUGCCGUUUUCGUGGGUGCAAAGCUUCCUUCAAGUAUGAUGGUGUGAAGAGAAGGACACAUGAGUUGUCUCAUGAGCCACUGGCAGAUUAACCUAGCCAGCGAAGUUCUGAACAGUCUGCUGCUGAACCAUGCAACAAACCCACAGAUGAUGUCUACAGUUACAAUUGUGCUUUGCUAGCAGAUGGCUUAUUUUUCAUCAAUUUCUUGGAUGCAGUCAAAAAGGGGGACGGCGUGAGGCUUAUGCACCAGUAUAAGUACAUGUUGUUGUACUGCAGAGCUGAUGGCCAUGCCAGCAACAAGUACGCAUUAGAGUGCCUUUAUCAAUCAUUCCUCGUCCAAUCUCUUCUUUCUCCUACAGAAAGUGAGAGGUUUGAUUGGAAUCGCAGCAUUAAUAAUCAAUGUGGGAAAGGCUGCAAUAUCCCUCAUGACUUGGAGGUGGAGCAUUCUAACCGCUUUAUCAAGGGUAGUGCCAAAAACGUUGGUCCAAAUUUAACUGAUAGAGCAGUUCAGUGUAUUUGUCAAGCGGAGAGUGGAGCAAGAUCUCUGACUGGCAAUGUCAACCAAGGUCUAAACAGCAUCCGUGGGUCUGGAAAGCACACACAUAGUUCACCAGAAAAUGACGUGGAUGAACUGUUAAGGCAAAUUCAGCAAACAGAUGUGUUUACUGAGCAUCCAGGUCGAUCAUAUCAGCACUUUAAUGAUUUUGAAAGAGAUCCAUUCAAGACACUUAACAUGUCAUCCUUGUAUCAAUGGAUAACCCAACAUAAGAAAAACAUUAUUCGUGGAAAUAGGGCUUGAUAAUGUAAAUAUUGGGUUCAAUUAUUUUUUCUUCAAUGUAAAUCCUAUUACCUUUUAGUAUAUGGAAAUGUAUGUUGUUUGAAACAAAGGGAACAACAUUUACACCAAGUAUAAAAUUGAACAAAAAUGUUGACAUUAUAUAUCCUAUUGUUUUGUGCAGAAAGCACUUAAACAGCAACAAUCCCUGUGCAGUGGUCACGCUGAUAUUUUAUUGGUGAAGUUUGUUAAUUCAAUUUCCGCUGUGGUUUCAAUGAUAUCGCAGCUUUCAUCGUGCACUUAGUGUUGAAACAGCUGAGGUCACAGUUUUCUUUUGGUUUGUUUUAUUGCUUGAAUUGUGGUAAUUUUGUGAAUGUGUGGCUCCAAAAAAUAUCCAUACCUCCCCCACAGAAGGGAUUUUUCCUUAGACCCCCCAACCACUCUAGAAAUUCCCAUCAAGCUUCAUACAUUACCUUAAGAUUUUAGGCCUUUGGUAGUCCCCCCCCGCCCCCCGAAAUUUUCAUUCCCUUCUGUGGGGAAGUAUGGAUAUUAUCUGGAACUACACAAUGACAUAUUUUUCCAACUUAUCAUGUUCAAAAAUAUUUGGCAGAGCAAAUUCCACAUAACCUCAAUGGUGAAUGGAUAUAUUUGUGAUAUGGUACAGUGCUUUAGAGAACAGAAGUUCAAUUUAAGUAACAAAGUCAAAUCUUCAGAGCUACCAUGAAAAUUACAGUGUGAGAAAAUUGAUUUGAUCAAGUACUUCAUACUACCAGAUGUAUUUUUUUCAUCCUACCAAAUUCCAGGGAAAAUACCUGGCCCCAGUUGUUCAAAAGGUGGAUAGCGCUAUCCACCGGAUAAGUCUAUAUCCAGUGGCUGAUGCAAUUAGUUUUCAUAUUACUUAUCCAUUCGAUAGAGAUUUAUUUGGAGGAUAGCGCUAUCCAACGUUUGAACAACCGGGGCCAGGCCUCUAAUAGCAGGGAAUUUCAUGUAUAGUACUCUCAGGAGAAUUGGAAAACAACUCCAACCACAAACCCUUUAAGACAAAACAUGGGAUUUUCAGCUGUUGAUUUAUAUGGACCUGUUUGGUGUUAAUGCCCCCUCCCCUUCAAUUAAACUGUUUUGAGUGAAUUCCAGUGUAAUGGUUUCCCCCCUCUCCCUUCCCUACUGUGGUAUUUUAUAUUAGGAUAGAGGGGAUUAUUGCUCUUUCCUCCCCCCACCCAUUGUCAAUAGUUUCUCGACGUGGAUAAAAUAAUACAGUCUAACCUCUCCUUACGGACAGCUCUCUAUUACGCACGGCUCGUUUGGUCCCAGAAAUGCCACAAAUCAUACAUUCGAUAACUCUAUAUACGGACACCUCUGUAAAGUGGACACUUGGUUCUGUCCCUUUGGUUUCCGUAUUGAAGAGGUUUGACUGUAAAUUAUAAAAUCUGAAGUACAAUUUCACAAUCUGUAAGUAUAUGGAUGUUAAAUAAAAUAGAUAUUUUUGUUUCAAUUUUUAAACCAGGACUGAGCAGUUAUAUUGGUUUUACCAGAUGUACAUAAUUUACAUUCCAUUUACUUACAUUGCUGACAGCAUUAUGUCAUGUGCCAUUUCCAUAUUUGUAGUUAUGCAGAAAUGUUAUUUUACAUCAAAACAUUACGAGUAGUUAAAAGUGUACAUAACUCAUAUAUUACAAUCAAAUCGCACUUUACGGACACCCACUUAAUACAGACACCUCAUUAUUAUGGACAGUUAGCUAUGUCUGUGGGAAGAAAAAGCUCUCAUAUUUUCUCUUAAUCCAACAAGCUUGAUGUGGACAAUUUUCAUGGCCCCUCAGUGUCCGUAUUAACAGGGUUUGACUGUACUAUAUUCACACAACAAAAAAUAUUGUAUUCAUAUCUUUAAUAUGGAAGGAAAUGCUAUUGGCAUUAGAAAGGUUCAUUUUUAAAUAAUAUUUCUGGCCCCAGUUGUUCAAAAGCUGGAUAGAACUAUUCACCAGAUAAACUCUAUCUUGCGGAUAACUAUUAGGGAAACCAAUUGCUUUAUCCCUUGGAGAGUGAUUUAUCUAUCACAUAGUGCUAUCCACCCUGUGAACAACUGAAACCUGCUCCAUAGAUCAACACAAAAGAAAUAAAGGACAAGCCUAAAUUAAUAUAAAUUUCUUCUUAAUCCAUUGCUAUUAAUCAGCUGAAAAACAGUAAUCUUCAAGUGCAGUCAAGGCUGCCAAGGGUAAAUCAUAAUGUCCUGAUUGUUCAUUAGAAACAUCAGCAGAAAUAUCUUGUUGCCACAAAGAAAGGUUUUCGACGGCAACUUCAAAAAGCGAGUCAUUCUGGAGCAAAUUAUCCCAUUCCCCAUUCCAAGUAGCAGAAUGAUCAAGUUCAUUUGAGAUGUCAUCAUCAAAUGCUCAGUCAUCAAAAUCUUCCAAGUCCCCAAACAUUUGACUCAGUGAUUGGACUAUAAACUGGGCAUGCUUUAAGUCCCAUAUUUCCACUUUGUCCAGAACAUCCUGAACAGAGAAGAUGCUUUCACAAUGCUUUAAAACUUGGCCAAUUUGUCCUUCUGAAAACCCUAAGAGAAACUGAUGAUCGGUCAAUAUUUUUACUUGAUCAUUAGAUUUUAUUCAGCAAAUCCAUCACAAGGGACUUGUGAUAGUUUCUAAGACACUUAAGAAGCAUGUUCUUCUGAUCCAGGGUCACAAGCCUCGUUGAUACUGAAACAUCGGAUGAAUCUUCAUGUACACUACAGAGGAAUCUUGUAAACUGUCCACAAUCAGCUGAUUGGCAGGCUCACUUUUUUUCACAGUUGUCACAACAAAAGUGCAUUGGCGGAGGGUAACUCACCUCUGAUGAGUUAUCAAAAUUUUUCAGCAGAGCCUUUCGCCGACAUUCAUCAGUUUUAACGUACUCUUUCAUAUCUUUUUCCACAUGAGUCAGAAGAAUAGAAGAGAAUAGUAUUAUCUGCAGGCCUUUUUUUGCAAAGGCACACGAAAUGUAAGCUUAGUGAGAUGGAUAAGUAAAACAAUUGGCGCAGCAAAUAAAAAAACAACAACAAACAAAAAAGACAUAAUCUUAACCACAACAGAUUUCUAAAAUACGCAAGUGUUUCUUACUUCAAACAAAUAGAAAAUAAAAUAAAAUAAUAUCUAUUAUCUGCAUGGAAAAUAUACUAAACUCCUUACCACUGUUUAAUGACAUGAGCCUCAUCAACCGCGAUGGCACACAAUUUGGCUGCGUAAAUGCCACUCAACAACAUUUUUCGUCAGCAUUCGUUGUUUAACGAAGCCUCUGGUGUUCCAUAUGCAACCACAAAAUGGCCCACUUCAACAUCUUUGGCCUCUUCAUCUUUAACAUUGCUAAGGCUUAUUGCAGUUAUGCCGAGCUUCUUUAGGUUUUCCACUUGGUCUUUCAUUAGAUUGCCCAAGGGAGAAAUGACAACAACAUGGCCCGUACUGUUACGAGUGAUGUUGAAAACAAUUGGCAAAGCUUGGUAAAUUAGCGAUUUACCGAACCAUGUCGGUAGGUUAAUGAAAACAUCCUUCUUUUAAUGCACCUAUCAAUGUAAUGCCGGCGGGGGCGGGGGGGGAGGCAGGGCAUAGGGUGGGGAUUUGACUUUUUUCAAAAAUUUUCAAUCAGAUUCCCUGCCCACGGGCAAAUCAUUCCAGUCAAAUGCAACCAAAUUUCCCCACCCCGGGCUGCACAUUGCUGUCAAUCCAAAGGCAGAAUCUAAGAAAGGCACAAUAAAAAUAUCUCUAAAUAAAACUCUGCAAUCUUUUAUAAACGUUGCUGCAUCACCAAAGAUACAUGUUCCUGUUACAGCUGCAAUUAUACGUUUUAACCAUAAUCCGUGUUACACCGCGUAGAAUACAUAAACCUUCAGGAGAAAGUCCACAUUUUGUAAGUUUAAAUAUACUGUUCUUAGUAAAGGGUACAAAGAAAGUCAGUUUUAUCAGUUUACAGUGAAUGUAGCGAAUAAACCAUACACUGAUCAAUUGUACUUGCAAAAAUGGACUUGGUUUCUCUUUACUUCCGUUUACUUUGAUACCACAGUAUUUUAAGAGGUUCAAUUGACCACUAACACGCUAAAACAAACGAAAUUUGAAGACAAAACAGUGAAAUCCACUCAGCCUUCGCUUGUUCUCAUUGGCCUCCAUGAUUUCCUGAUCUUUUCAAACCGUACGGCGCAUGCGUGAAGCGUGAAAGCCGGAAACAUAUGUUCGGUCUCAGUCUUUUUCGUCCGAGUCGGCAGUCAAAUAUCUUGACGUCGGGCGAAGAAAGAUUCAAAUAUCCCCUCCCCUGGGAGAACAAGAUCAGUCAAAUGCCCUAUCCCAGGGCCAACAAAGACAAUCAAAUCCCCACCCCCUCCCCCCCCCCCCCCGCCGGCUUUACAUUUAUAGGUGCAUAAUCCACAAAGUACGCUAUAGCCUCUUGCUGAUGAGCAUUUAAGUUGACUAUUUUGAACGUUUCACACACUCGUUUAAAGGCCACGCUAGCAUUCACCAUGUUUGUCUCCGAUAUCUCGCGCUACAAUCACUCCGGGUCCAAAGUGCACUUCCCAGAUCUGGGAGUCUGCUGUGAUUGGUCUACGUUUUUUCCUGCUCAGAUCAGCAGACGUUCGUGGGGAAGGAAUGCAUGACGCACGCCUAAGAAUGUCUGCAGGGGAGGCUAGCCAUGCCUAUGAUAAUGGUGAAAUCCCACCGCCCAUUCAUUCAAGCAAACGAAAAAGGAAAUAUAUUUCAGCCUCAUCCUUCAGCUUCCUGAGGGCGUUGAUCCCUCAGAAAGCUGAGGAUCUGGUCAAAUAA